CUCUUUCCAUCAAGGCAAAGUGUUCCGGUUGCGACUGACAUCCACAUACUCGUACAUAAAAGCUAUUUCUUUUGCAGCACGAAGAAUAGUGAACAAGAAUUAUCAAUCCUGGCUUCAAACAUGAAUGCUUCUACCUGUACCUCUACUUUGAUCCUCAGUAGUAGUUUUUACGACAGAUCAACAUACAACGAGCAGGGAUUGAGUGCGUUUUUCUGAUCUAAGCUUUUUGAGCCACCUCUAACCUUUGUAAGGAUCUAUCUUCUUCAUCAUCGCAGGGUGAGGCUUCGAGUGUAGCGACGAAGGGGUUUUUAGUGAGUAGGAAUCCAGCAACACUUGUAAGUGUAACAUAUAUUUGAUUACACCUCCUGCUGCUCUCGACCACAUUUUUCUUUUUUCAUUAUCGAAGGAAUUUCGUUUAGAAUUAGAUCUUCAUCGCAGAGUAGCCAAAGGACAAUGAUGGCAGCUGCCAACGGAGAUCCUCCAUCGUCUGGUGGGCAAUUUGCUGUCGAGCAUGAGGACGAUGAAGAGCAACGCGACCCGACGCAGGCUCGUCCGCCGCAAAUAGCAUGGCCACCGGCUGGUUACAGGACUUCAGGAGAUUCACUUUUGUUAUGUUGAAAGUAGUGCACAAGUUUUGUGCUGCAUUUUGGUUGUAGGUACUGCAGCUAAAGCCUGCGGACGGCGGAUCACAUCCUAGUCCUAAUCCUCAGUACUAGUACUUCUAGUAGAAUCCUUGGUUUUGGUUUCGUUUUUUCGAAUGAGAACGAAUUAUAGGAAGGGAGCUCCAAGUUAGUUGUCUGUUAAAAACAUGCCGUGAUAAAACAAGAAGAAUUCUGACACCAACGUACACUACUACUCCUCCUACUCCUUCCUCCUUACUCCUACUACUUACUACUACUGAGGUUCUUUCUACUACUACUUAUAAAUGUACAACGAACUACGGAACUGCUCAAUCAUCUCUAAUCCUAGACGCACCAGUUCAAGCAACGCAUCUAGACGCGGCUGGGGCGAAAGCGGUAUGUGCGACACUAGGCUACUUCGAAGAUCCUUGGAUCGGACAGAUUGUGCCUGCAUUUGUCGCUGGACGAAAAAGCCCGAUCAUGCAUCGCGGAUACUAUUUUAUGUGAAACAAGAACUGAAGAAAACUAAUUGAUGAAGUGAUAUGCUGUAUCUUUCUAGUGACGUUUGUUUCUUCGUAAACAAAGCAAGUAGAUUCCAAGUAGAAGGACGAAAGCUGCAUGUUCAACAUUCACGUGCCUUGCUAGAGAAGUCACGUGCUAGAGAAGUAUCUGUAUCUAUCUGUAUCGUUGCAAAACUUCUCCUCCAUUUAUUUUACUCCACGUCCACCUUCAUUCUGCUACGCUACACGGCGAUGCGACGUGCGGCUGAGCGGUUUAUCAAGGCUGCGGAUCCAAACUUGCCUAUUCAGAUAGUGGACCUAGGCGCUGGCUUGAAUACUCUGUAUUGGUACGUGGCGGCCAACAUUGAGAAAUGGGGACGCAAACUGGAGGACCUAGUGUUCUUCGAAGCCGAUUUCCCAGUAAUUGUUAGCAAGAAGACAAAAACUCUACUCUCGAAACUCAACACUCUGCCGAGGGGAAGAGAAUUGUUGCGGUUGGACGUGGGUAGUGGACCUCCUGGAAGUAGUUCUGGUGACGUGACAAUGCACGAGGACCAUCGAGGACCAGUACCAGCAGGAGCAGGACCAGGUUUGCCGCCACCUUUACCUAACGCCAACGGCGCUCGUCAGGUCGUCGUAGGCGGACGUGUCCUCUCAGGACCAGGAGCUCCUACUACCUCCUCGAAUGGAACAAGUGGAGUUACAUCUUCUCCAACUACAACGUCCUCAGAAAACCUCACAACAAUGUCUGCGACUCACAGGGUGCAGCAAUUUCAUACGGCUCAUUAUCGCUUGGUAGCGUGCGAUAUGCGACAGCCGAGGGAGUUUCAAGAUUCUCUCUUUCACGCUGGCUGGAACGGAAUGGCGAAUACGUUGUUUGUUAUGUUGGCUUGACACUGAUUUAACUGAUACAACUGAUCAUGUCCUGGAUAUUGUUUAGUCUCAUGACAUAUGUAGCACAUGUACGACUAUGCGAGACUCAUGCCAUGCCAUGCAGUCCAGACUCAGUAUAAAAACAUAGCUGCCACUCGUUACGAGCUGCUCAUCGUGAGAUCAUUUGAUUAACACCUCCACUUUGAUAUGAUCUUUCUCAAUUUUAUUCCUAGAAGAAGUCGAAGUCGAUCAAUCUUCUUGUUUACAUGAAUGGUUCUGGUAUUUGGUAACCUGAAUUUGAUCCUAAGGGAAAACAUCUGUCUACAACUUAUCAUCCUCUCCCUCUAAUCUCCUUUCCGAGUGCGUCUUAGUCUAUAUGCAAGGCCAAUUCGGUGACGAGGUGAUCAAGAGCUGCCUUCAGCUUUGUCAAGAGCCUUCUGGCCGAGCCCUGAAAGAGUUUGUCGUGUACGAGCAGUGCAAUCCUGACACCGCUUUCGGCAAGAUGAUGGUCCGGAAUUUGCACCAACGUGGGUGUCCUCUGAUGAGCAUCACAGACUACAAGACACCGGCAGACCAAGAAGCGAGAUACAAGGCGUUGGGCUUCGCGGAGGCAAAAGCCUGGACCAUGAACGAGCAUGAGCGCAGGGUCAUGACAGACGAAGAGCUGAAGAGGAUUGGAAGGCUUGAAUUUUUGGACGAAGUAGAGGAACUGAGACUGUUCCAAGAUCACUACUUUCUCUUGGUGGCCUGUAAUCAGGGGUACAAGCCGGAAGAAAUUUACUAGAAGGUGGGAGCAGGAGAAAAAAAAGGAUGUAGUUCUUUCGGUUCUUUCGACUCCGUAGUUCUUCUUCACAAUCAAGCUGUUUAGCUCUGGUGCGGACAGCACCGUAUGGGUUGUGAAGCUGUUUAGCUCUGGUGCGGUGUAUGGGUGACGCGAGUACAAACAGAAUCCUUAGAUACUGCAGAUCAAUCAGGAUCCGGAUGAAGUUUGGGCUCCUCUGGCUCUACUUCUUAGAAGACAUUUGAUUACCCUCAUGUUCUUGGAAUAAGACUCUUGAGACAAAGACAGCAACACUUUACUAGCCCUAGUUCUACCCCGACCAUGUCCUCGUGGAAAAUCCCCUGUUUUAAAAGACGAGAAACCUGUAGGCUGUAGACAAGUUGUUUUUGAAAGAAAUUGUCGGCAUCUGCCCAACCCCAAUUCGCGCC